AUGCUCCCAGGCUCGGUGCGAAUGAUUAUGGGCCACACGAUUCAGCAGCCGGGGGGGAUCAACGCCACUUGUAAAGGGAAGGCUAUUAGAGUGGAUGUUGGGAUGUCAGAGGGGUGCGGAGGGGCAGAAGCGGAAAUUUUGGAGAUUCGGAAGGAUAGAGAGGUGUGGGUGGUGCGGGCAGCAGAGGAAGCUGCUGGGAAGCCUGCUAAAGCGCAUGUGCUGGCUGGGACUGAAGUGCCUGCGGAUAAGCACGGGUUCUGGGGGAAGCUGAGGGAAGCAAUGAAGGGGAGGCAGCCGGGGCAGCAGAGAGGGCAGCUAGGCCAUCAGAGGAAGUUGUGGGGGGACCCUGCUAAAGCGCAUGUGCUGGCUGGGACUGAAGUGCCUGCGGAUAAGCACGGAUUUUGGGGGAAGCUGAGGGAGGCCAUGGGAACAAGAGUGGCGUAA